UGACGUCACGCGCAGGUGCGGCUUCCGGGCGAUGAGGAACGCGAAGCGGCAGGCGGCACGAAGAGGACGACGCCGAGGACGACGAUGAUGAUGAGGACGACGCCGACGAUGAGGUGGUGGAGGUGGUGGUGCGUCGAUCAGUGAGGAGUGCCCGGGUAGCCCAGUGACCCCGUGAGCUCUCGACCACCGCCGUCACCGCUCCAAGGGGCCAUGGGCUCGGGGCUCCUCCUGGGCCUCGUCCUGAGCCUCUCGCUGUGCCUGCGUGCCGGCUCAGGAUUGCGAGUCGUCACUGAAUAUUUCACCCAAGGUCCCGAGAAACUCUCCUUUUACCACUUCUACACCAACGUGAAGCUCUUCCACUUCUCGCUGCCCGAGGACACGACGCUGGCGCUUUGGAACCUGGUGGCGUUUAAAGAGAGAGGCGCAGGGCUGGGACAGGACUGCCCCGACCAUGACAUAUUCGUGUACCUGCGGGCGGGGGCACCUCCGGUUGUAAACCCCCUCAACACCAGCUUUCCCGACAACACGCUCGUCCCCGGCCUGCUGAGCCUCACGUUGCCUUGGGUGUCGCCCAACAAGACCACGGGCAGCCUCAACAUCACCGCCCCGCUGCCCGGCCCGUGGUUCCUGGCUGCCCAUCUGCCGCGCGACGACGGCAAGAUUUCGGUCAAGGGCCUCACGGCCGAGUGCCACUACUUGUUUCAGCCACAGCUGAUUGUGCAACGCGUCACGGGGCUGCCCAUCCUUUACCCGCAUUCGCCCCUGCCGCUGGAAAUUUUGAAUGGCAACAGCAGUGUGCUGAGCAAGGUGUACGUCCCGGAGUUCUCCACCCUCCUGACUAUCUCCGUCACCAACUGUUCCGUGGCUGGCAGCCAGGCGGGGAAUGGCUCCCUUACCAGCUGUCCCGUCAGAAUUCAGCUCCGCCCCAAAGCCCCGCCGGUGAGCAACUCGAGCGCCCGAGACUGCUCGAGGAGCGGAGGAGCCGAGUGCUCGCUCUCCGUGUCGCCCCUGUGGGGCGUGUGGUACUACAUCUCCGUGGAGAAGCUCGCCACAAACGCCAACGUCACCUUCCUCAUCUCCGCGCUCGUCACAGACUGCUCCCAGUAUGGCCCCGUCGUCAGCGGGUACCAGCGCGACGCGGACCUGUCCCUGUCGGGAAACUGGAGCGCGAGGAUGGACGCCCCCGCCGGCGUCCCCGAACUGUGCCUGCCCGUGCGGCCCACGCUGCGCAACGACCUCAACACGCUGUCGACGCAGUUCUUCGUGUUCUACGGCCCCAACGUGACGGUGACCAGCGCUUCGCCCGUCACUCUCAGCCUGCAGCUGGGACCGCUUCUUGACGGGGGAGCCACGCUCAACUUCGAGAUCGCGCUCAACAUGAGCUCCGUGCAAGGCCACAACGUGACGGUGCUCGCCUGCCUGAACCCGGACGUGCCGCUCGUCUCACUAAACUCCACCCUGGCGUGCAGCACCAUGAGCUCCGAGGGCAGCCUGGUGUGGGUUCGGCCCGGAGCCGAACGGGCUCGCCUGCUGCUGCCCUUUCCCCAGCCGGGGCGCUGGUACGUGACGCUGCGGAACCUCUGCGGGACAAACAGCUCCCUGGCGGAGUGCGCCAACACGAGCGCACAGGUCAGCCUCCGCAUGUUCCUGUCGCCGUGCAUCGACAGCUGCGGGACGUACGGGGAGUGCCACCUCUUGCGCUCCUACUCCUACAUGCUGGCUGCCUGCCGCUGCCGUGCCGAUUGGGAUGGCUGGGGCUGCACGGAUGGCAGCAACGCUCUGUCCUACGGGGAGCAGAUGAUCCACGUGAUUCUGCUCACGUUCAGCAAUCUUCUCUUCAUCCCGCCCAUCAUCAUCGCCCUGCGUAACCACCUCCUCAUGGAAGCCUCCGUCUACACCUACACUAUGUUCUUCUCCACGUUUUACCACGCCUGCGACCAGCCCGGGGUGACCGUGCUGUGCAUCAUGGAUUACGACGUGCUGCAGUACUGCGAUUUCUUCGGCUCCCUCAUGUGCGUCUGGGUCACCCUCAUCUGCAUGGCUCGCCUGCAGACCGUUGCCAAAGAGGUGCUGUACUUGCUCGGAGCGCUCGUGCUCGCCAUGGUGGUGCAAAUGGACCGACACGGACUGUGGAACCUGCUGGGGCCGACGCUCUUCGCCCUCGUGUUGCUGGCGAUCGCUUGGGCGGUGCGGAUGGUGCGGCGCCGGCACUGCUACCCGCCGUCGUGGCGUCGCUGGGUUUUCUUCCUGCUGCCGGGCACCGUCAUCGCGCUGACGGCCGUGAUGCUCUACGUGGUGGUGGAGACGGACAAGAACUACUACUACACGCACUCGCUCUGGCACAUGCUCAUCGCCGGCUCGCUCUCCUUCCUGCUGCCGCCGCGGGGCCGGCGCGUCACGCCGCUGCAGAAGGUGCAGCGCAAGGGUUGCGGCUACCGCCUGUGCAUCGACGAGCCGGACGACACCCAGCCUCUCGAGCCAGUGCUGCUCAACGUCAACAGCGUGUGUCCCUUGUAGCACGGACGGUGACAUGCUUACUCAUUCGGAGGCUGCGUUGUUUAUUUUUUAUUAAGCGGUCGCAAGAUAUUUUUCCGCCGCUCGGCGAGAUCGCGUUGCAGUGCUCCUUGUCAAAGCGUUGACGCGCAGCCUUGUGAUGACCACCCAAUGCAAGAGACGCGCCUGGCAUUUUUUUCAUUUAGGCUGCAGAUGCGGAACGAGGCAACUCUACGGCAGUUUUAUCCUUGCUAGUGCUUGCGAGAACAUCGAUACUCGUUCGUAUGGGUUCUUAAGUUCACGAAACAUGCGUUGAAUUGUGCAAGGGUAAAUGUUUUUUUAAUUGCCACCAAAUCCACUAGACGCGCUGCCAUUUAAUGCUUUGUUAAAAUGGUGGCCCGGUGCAUUAAUGGUCACCAAGACUCUAAAUUAGUUUUUGCACCUAAUUUGGAUAAAUUCCAACUCUAAGAAUUAAAUGUAUUGGUUUUACUGUCAUGUGAUAAACACCACUCUUUGUGGCACAGCAGGUUGGAAAGUCCGCUUCUGUGGUACUCACUUCGGUGAGAGCUGUUCUCUGAUGUAAAGAGGUGCUACAAAUACUAAUUGACUAUUGAAUCACGACUCAGAAUCGUGACAAUUCGUCCAAUCGCAGGGAACGGAUUAAUCAUUCCACUCCGAGAAUACAGCUAACCCAAUUUUGGCCAAUCGCUGGCUACCACUGGCCCAAGAGGCAAAACAAACCUUGGCUGCUGUACAUUUACACUAUCAGAGGACAUGUCGGUUGUGUGUUUUUGAUGUUGUCGCAAUGCUGAUGCAAUGAUGCAAUGCAAUUGGACGGUUUAAUGUGGACUUACCAUAUUGGGAUCGAUUCAGUCUAUAUCGCACGGGCUGUGGAAACAUUCGCGUUGGCUUCCUGCGUUAUGUUUACAACUGUCCGAGGUGUUUGCCGCUGACAAACGUGCCAUCGUGUCGUGACGUGGACCGGCAGGGUUUGUAAGGUUAGCCGAUUGCUAAGUAGCUCCAAAUUGGUGCCUGACCUAAGGGGUUUAUGUAAUGUCACCAGACCUUCUGAAAUGGCAGGGACACUCUCCUCAAAAUCAGAAAAGCUGUCCUGGUGUCCUCCGGACGCUUGUGUGUAAAUGGGGAUUUUGUCUGCGGGUUUAAAAUGUUCUGGCCCGUGUACUGGACUUGUGAUGAUACGUGGGGCUACCCGGAGUCGUGGGCAGGGUCGACAGAGAAGAGUAGGCGAGGCCUAUGAGCAAUGGGUGAGGCCCAGUGUCGGAAAGAGUGAGGCCCACUCUUAUGUUGGGUGGAAGUCAAUGCCAGGAAGGGGUUCCAGCCCCCACAACUGUGCCCUGGCGGAGCCUCCCAAGAAAAUUGGUAGCUUCAGAUGAUUUUGGGCGAGGUUGUGGCCUCGCGUAAAUGUGUGCAACAGGUUUGGUACAUUCUACCGUCCUGUGUCAAUGCACUGCUGGAUGAAGGCAUCAACGCGCCAUGCGGACUUGUGGAGUUUGUUUGACCGUGCUUCAAUGCUGGUCAGCAGGGGUUGGUGAAGGCAGGGGAGAGUAUUUGAGAGCAGUGAAGUACAGCUGCGCAAUGGUGCGCCGUGCUGCCCACCACAUAACCCCACAGCCUAAAACAAGCUGUGGUGCGCAUGGCGGUCGCCUGUCCAAGCACCGGCCAGGCCAGGGCACGCUUAGCUUCCAAGCUCCGAUGAGAUCGGGUGCUUUUCCUGGCGUUGUUGGUCAUUCGGCGUGCGACAAGUGACCGUGCGAAUUACGGUCGCGACUCCACCGCACAUCUCUCUGUUGGCUGCUAUGGACGUGCGAUUAUUGGUAUCUACAAGUUGCACAUACAGGGAACGGUGUCUUUUUCGUUUUUGUAUAACUUCUGACUUUUAACCUUGCAACUGUUAAGUGGGCGGGGGCGGGUGAUUGUGAUGCACGAGAGGAAAUCACUGCACAUUGAUCAUUUACGUACAUUCUACAAGAUAUUAUUUAUUUUGCAUAACGUGACGAUGACUCAUGCGUGCGUGGAUUUUUUUCAGUACCGUAUGCAAGUGUUGAGUGAAUCGUACGCGCACGUCGUGAGUUGUGUAUGUGUGUGUGUUUCCUACUGCUACAGCUCAGGUUAAUGGACUAAUGGAACUACUGUAUAAAAUGUAACAAAUUUGGUGAAUGGACUUAUUUUGCAAGUACACUGUGGGGUUUUCUUUUUUUUAUUUAAACGAUUACAUGUACAUUUUGUCGGUGAUAUGAUUGUGUAUUUUAGUAAGGUAGAGGGGGCUACCUUCCGUCUCUGUAGAUUGUGGGUGAAAUAAAUUGAGUGGCACAGUUGUCCCUGCAGGUUUUCGUCCAAUGACAGACCUUCCUUGGUUUUUUGGUUCAGGUUUAGUGUUGUUUGGGGUUAGGGUUUAGUGUGUUGGGGUUUCAUCAGGCACAUAGCAGUGAAAUUAACAAAGGGCAGCACAAAAACAAACACGACUGGUGGACAAUACGGUGUGAAACAAGUUCAUCAAACGUACACGUGCUGCGUGCGGACAGUUGCCGCUUGGGGUCCCCUAGACUAAAACAACUGUGCUCUGAGAUGUCUUGCAUCAGGGGCACAAUAAUACACACGUUGUUGUUGAUGUAAUGUUUGAUCUCUCCCAGACUGCCACAGGGCAAUGGAAUAGAAUGGUUGAAAUUCGAUUGUUUACGUAAGGCGCUUUAAGAUGCUGAGGCAUAUUUACCGUGGGUGUAAUAACCAGAAUGCUGGACUACUACAUGUCAUCUGUUUCACGUUGGACGUUAAAGAUCCCCUGAUGUCAUUGGCAAGAGGAAACGAUUGUGUGCUGGCGCCAAGGUCCACAAUUUGCCAAAUUCUAAAGUUAACCACAAAUUAAAUAAAUGGAAUUUUUUUUCAUGUUUUUUUGGGUUAGAUGGAAAUUACACGAUCUAACCACCCCCUCCCUCUAUUAUAGAUAUUGGUCGCAAAAGCCUACGUGUUGAAAUGAGAUUUGACACCGUAUUCAUUCCCCAUUAUUAGGAGAAUGAUGCCUUGCUCCAGGUCACGCUUGCAAUUGACUCAUCCUGGUCUCGAGUUCCUCGCCAGGUUCAACAAAAUCACCUUGAAACUGAAUGCACAUCUUUAACCCUAUUGUUUUAGGGGUUAGUGUUGGGAAUUAAGGUUAUACUUAAGGUUUAGGCCAAAGUUUCAGUUGGGAGUUAGGGGAUAUAGUUAAGGGUUUGGGUAAUAAUCAAAGACCAAUUUUCUUGCCAUGAAUCUGCAGGGACAGUACCGUAUAAGUUUAUUAAUGGUAAUGUAUGACUUGCAAUCACCAUAUUCGGUAUUUAUAUGAUUAUUUUAACGUGUGUGUAAAUAUUCUGUACUUAUUAAACAGCUUCAAGCAUUUGA